AUGGGCUACGAAUACCUCGUAUUUCUACUAGUAUCUUUCUUUCUCUGUCAACUUGCUUUUUCUUCAUCCGUAACUCAUCUGUGCUCUAGAGAUGAAAGCAUUUCUCUUCUAAAAUUCAAGAAUACGCUUACUGUAGAUCCCUCAGCCUCUUAUUAUUGGGGUUAUCACUAUGGUCCGCAGUCUUAUCCAAAAACAAGGUCUUGGAACAUGAGCAGAGAUUGUUGCUCAUGGGAUGGUGUUGUAUGCGAUGAUUUUACUGGCCAUGUCAUUGAACUUGACCUUGGUUGCAGCCAACUUGAAGGGAAGAUUGAUUCGAAUAGCAGCCUAUUCCAGCUCUCUCAUCUCCGAAUGCUCAACCUUUCUUGGAAUAACUUCUCUAAUUCUCACAUCUCGCCCGAAUUUGAUAGUAACUCCCUGAAUGGAGCAAUACCAUCCUGGGUAUUCUCCCUCCCAUCACUUACUGAAUUAAGCUUGAGUAAUAACCACUUUUCUGGUCAGCUUGAGGAUUUCAACUCCAAUACAUUAGAAUGGAUUUUUUUAGAGCACAACCAGUUGCAAGGUCCUCUUCCCAGGUCACUUCAGAACCUUGUGAAUCUAAUAGAACUUGAUCUUUCAUAUAACAAUUUUAGUGGCAAUGUAGAUGUCAGCUUCUUUUCAAAUCUCAAACAACUUAGAAGUCUGUCUCUUUCAUAUAAUAGUAUUUCUCUAACCAAUGAGAAUAAAGUCAAGUCUACCAUACCCAAAUAUCUUGAGUCCUUAUUUUUGUCCGCUUGUGAAGUAAAAGAACUGGAUUUUUUGAGAUCAACAGAGGAGCUUUCUUACUUGGAUCUUUCAAAUAAUAAAAUUCAAGGAAGGAUUCCUGAUUGGGCAUGGUCUAAUUGGAUGCAUAUGGAAUAUCUUAAUCUAUCCCGCAACAUGUUGACAAGCAUUGACCAGAUUUCAUAA